GGGAAACUUGUCGCCCCAGAACAGGUUGUCGAUAUUUUCGAGACUAGUCCUGGGAAAGCGAAAGUAGACUAUGGAGGCGACGACGACGCCGACAGCGACGAAGACCCAGCAGACACGGUUGAAAUUGAGUUGGCCAGCGAAUUUUCGUUGAGCUGUGGGGAUGAAACCUUUCUGCAAAAGAUGUCGAGUGUUGUAGUACGAGAUGAGAAUCGUCCGCAUGUAAUCGCUGGAUUGCGCGUUCCUGGUGACCGAGUUCUGCCUGUUGAUCUUCACCUCGAAACCGUAUUGGAGCGUCGCCUGCAAGAGGAGUUGAAGUUGGUCUGCGUGCGACUUGAGAAGGUGACACGUACCAGAGCAAAGGCACAGCAAAGGAAGCGCGAAGCAGCUAAAGCUCUUAGACAGAGGGAAGCGGCUGUGGCGGAAGAGGAUCGAGAAAAGGCCGCGAGGUAUGAAGAAGAAGCGAAUCUAGUAGUAGAGGGUGGAGAAGCAGAAGAUGAGACCACGGAGGACGAGAGCGACGACUCACCCCGCCGUGAAAAAGAGGGUGGGCCAAAUACGAAAGAGGAAAGAGAGGUAGAUGAACAAGAAGCUCGCGCUGCUAGAGAGGACAGGCUCCGACUGAAGCGAAUGAAGAUGGAGCGCCGAAAAGCUGACGCCAAGAGAAAACAGCUGGUCAAACCCGACCGGGGCAAGGGGUUGUCAUUUGAAGCAUUUUCGUUAUUAGUUGCGGCUGACGACGGCUUAACUGAGAUGGAGAAGGCAGCACUCAUAUUGAAAUCGGAAAAGCCCGAUUUUCAAGCCAAGUUUCACAACAUUAGUACGAUGUCGCGGCACGACCGCGAUCUCCUUAAGGAGAACCCUCAGCUGUCCGACAUGGAAGCUGCGAUGUUGCUCUUGCGAUCCGAUCCCGAUACUCAAGCUCUGCUAGAGGGCCUCUCGAAGAAGCAACUGCAAAAACUGAGAGAUUCGAAGGAUGCUCGCUUUGGUACAGCGUCUGACAUGGAGCGCGCUUUCUUGCUCUUAAAAAGCGAGAAGAAGGCGCUACUGGCAACAGAAGACCAUUACUCCUUCUCCGAGUCCUCAUCAGGAGAUUCCAUCAUGGAGAUGAAAAGACGAGGAAAGAAAAUGGACGUUCGCAAGCAGCCGCGAGAAGACUCAAGAACAAGAGAAGUCAAGGACGAAGCGCCAUCUGCCGUUAGACAAGACGAACCUUUGCUACAACAAGCAAGUUUAGCCGUCGCCCAGUUAGUGAAAGAUACAGUCGACGUGGCUGCAGAGGUGGUCAACGAUAUCAAUGAUCCUACGUCUUUAGCGGGAAAUGUUAAUGCAGACGGCGACAAUCGUCUUCAAGUUGAACGGGAUCAAGAGCUCUCUGCCGAAGAUGAAGCCCCAAGCGAGACUGGGGACGUGGACGUCGAGCAAAAUCGCGAAGAGAUUGGAGCGGGAGCAGUUGCACCAAAGGCUGAUCAAGUUGAUGAGCAAUUUCGCAAAGAUAAAGGCGCCUCUCUUCAGCCGCGUCAAAAACUUCAACACGUAGACUCGGGAGGUGCGGGUGCCGCGUCGUCCUCAUCUUCUCUCUUAUUCGAAAAACGUCGUCGUGGUCCGGAUCGCAUUGCUCAGGGCGCUGAGGCAGUACAAGCUGUCUUGGACUCCUUCGGUGCGAUGAAUCAAGAAGCGCAAGAUGACAUCAAGCUAUUGAGAAAGUUUGGCACGCGCACCCUGAAAGAUCUCUGGUCAGGCCGUGACGUAGCUGAGGAAAUAGCAGAAGCAGCCAAAAAUGUUCGUAGAGCAUCACCGCCCGCAAGGCCCUCAGGUAGUCGACGCCGGUCGUCUCCAGGUGGCAGUGAAUCUCCUGACCGAGGACGCAGCAAGAAAAGUAAGAAGAACAAGAAGAUGAAGAAGGACGAAAAAAAGAAAAAAGAGGCUUCGAAAAAUGACGAGGCUGAAGAGACACCAGUAGAAGCCCGAGAGAAAGAAGAAGUGCAGACACUACACGUCGAGUCCCCAGGAGACGUAAACAUCGACGGACAAGAAGACGAUAUCAAGCAGUAAUUCUAACGAUAAUCCUCGCCAGAUUAUUGACUGACGAUCCGUUUUGUGCAGUUUUGCCCCCCAGUAUGUACGAUUCCAAGAAUUUCGCGACCAAAAAGAACUACAUCAACAAGAAAAUUUUGAUUUUUUUUCACAACCUGAACCUGGUAGAGUUUGCGUAAGAAAAGAAUCAGCCAUUUUAUUGUCAAACUCAAACUCAGAACAACAACGUGAAUCAACGAGACCUCGAAGCAGCAAAGACAAGCGCUUCGAAGCUUCGCGCUAACACAUGAAACCACGUCAGCGAUGAAAAACGAUUACUUUUGGCAUCCUGCAUACAUUCACAACCGUGAUGACUACAACGUCAACUACGUGCAUGGUCAUCCUGGUCCAUUUUAU